UCCCCAUAUAUCUUAACAUUCGUAUCUCGAGUUGCCAUAUCGAUGGUAAAAAUUGAAAGAAAAGAGAAAGAAAACCAACAAAAAGACGCUUGGAAAAUAUUUUGUUUAUAAACAAAAAUCCAAAAAAUAUUAAAAAAUGUGCAAAAAUCAUUAAAAACAUUCUUCAUAACAUAAUGUUUGAUAGAAGAAUAUGUUUGAUGUGGGCAAUUGAAAAGUGCAAAGAUCCAAACAUACAAUGCAACAUCCAAGAUUGCAGGACUCGAGGUAGACAAGCUUAAAUGUUGAAAUAUUUAGUUGGAAAAAAUAAAACAUCAAAAUCAAACAAAAAUGACAAAUAUUAAAAGUGUCAAUUUUUAUGAUCUAUGUCGCGUCUGUACGACGACAACAACAAAUACAGGGAAGAUUGAGAUAUUUUCCGCCGAAGGAAAAUCCAAAAACAUGAAUUGCAAAUUAGCGGAAUGUUUGUCUUUAAAUGUCGAGGAAUCGGAUCGUUUGCCAAAGGUCGUGUGUCAAAAAUGUUUGCAAACACUGGAAAACUUUACGGAGUUUCGAAAUCUAUGUAAAAAUUCUCAAAUGAUGUUGAACUCAUGCCUUGAUUCAUCACAGAAUGGUGCAAAAGUUGUGGUGAAGGAAUCAGUGGGAAAAAGUGGUGGUGGGCUUCAGACACCAUCAACAGUGACGUUGGCGCCAUCACACGCACAACAAAUGCCUGUAUUUACUCUACAAGGUUCGAAUUUAGUGGCCCAAGCAAUGCCAACCAACAAUGUAUCACAUCAAAAUCAGGAUUUUCUUAAUUCCAUAAUGCAGGCUGUUGGAAUACAGAGUGAAAAGCCUGCCGUACCCCAAUAUACCAUUACGUUGGAUAAUUCUGCACAGCAACAGACAUUAAAUCAACAGUUACAACAACAAAUGACUAAUCAAGCUGCAGCUGCUGCUGCAGCUGAAAAGGAGAAGGAGGCAAAGAACAAUGCUCUGGAAGAGUUUUUAAAGCUUAAACCCAAUAUUAAGGUGACACCAAUUGGAAAGAAAAAUCCACAGCAGCAGCAGCAGCAGCAAGUUCAAGCCCAACAAGAACAAAUUAUUCAACAGCAGCAAAUUCAACAACAGCAGCAACAGCAACAAAUUCAACAACAGCACCAGCAACAACAACAACAAGAGCAAUUGGUACAACUUCAGCUGCAACAGUUACAACAGCAACUACAGUUGCUAACAUCCCAACUGCAACCGCAACAAAUUACUAUUUCAGCUCCAUCCAUUGCAAACCUCCCGCAGCCCCAUUUAACACAGCAAACCAAUGCAAUAAUGUCCUCCACAAUGGAUGGCAGCACACUAUCCAAUUCGGACAGUGAAGACUCAAGUCCGUCGAAAAAUAAGAAACCCAAGCUCAAUUUUGUUUUUACAACACCGCCAAACAAUAACAACAACAACAAUACCACACCCACUGCUACCCUCUCAACUCCCAUGCCGCAACUAACAACUUCCCUAAAUACUCAUAACCCAGGUCUGGGACCACAAAUACAAUUUCAGCUACAGCCCACUUUGGCACCCCAGGCAAUAUUGCAAGGUGGUCAACCCAAUGCUGCUGCUACAUUACUCUCGAAUUUGGCACCACUUUUACAACCGCAGACACAAUUGAAUCCUGCGGCCGCCUUGCAGGCACAAUCAUUGGCCAAUGUUGGACAAAAUUCCUCUUCGAAUAUGUUGUUGCCCAUCACCAUUAAGGAUGAAAACACCGAUCAACAAUUUGUGGCUCAUAUUGAUGCCAAGAAUUUCAUCUUGCCCACAACAUAUCAAUUGCAAAUGAAGCUUCAGCCACAGAUAUCCGGACAACCAAUAAUGCAACUGGCACCAACCAUUCAGUUAGCCCCCAAUCAGACAUUCCAAACAGCAGCAAAUAUGGCGACAUUAAAUAAUACCCCCUCCGGUUUAGGUUUUAACUCAGCCACCUCAUUGCAGAUUACUCCAGCCACAACACAAUUGCAACAAAGCCCCGUAGCCGUAUCGAAGCCAGAACCAACAGCCCCACAACAGAGUCAAACAUUUAAACAACCAGCCCCAGUGACAGCAAAAAAUAUUCAAAUAACAUCACAGCAAAUCAUCAAUCCAUCCGUAAAAAAGGAAGUCCCAAAUCAAGAAGAAGAUAAGCCAAAGAAAUCUUCAUUGCCCUUGGAUCAGGAUCAGGGAAGUCGUCAAAAAUAUAAAAUAUCCCAAGCUGCCGGUGCCAAUACCAUUGAAAUAACACCGAACACCAGUUUUACACAACAAAUCAUGCAACAAGUGCAACAGCAACAACAGCAAAAACAAAAACUGCAACAGCAAACCGCAAGUUCAACUCUCACAACACAACAUGGUGGCAUAACUGUGCAGCGCAUAACUACAAAAGCGUCCAAUCAAAACAUUGUCCCAAGUUCCCCCAGUGAAAGUGAAACAAACACGCCGACCAAAAAAUCCAUGCCCGCAAAUUUACCAACAUUGCCGAUUUUGAACAAAAACAAUAUUACCAUAAGUCGUGUAACGAACACACAGCCGAAUCAAACACAGCAUCAAAAUCAAAUCAAUAAAGCAGCAGCAACAAAUCGCAGUCCAGUGGCCAAGCUGCCAGCUGGAUCUGCAACAAAUACUGGACUAAAAGUUGUGACUCAACAAUCCAAAAAUCACACACAAGCAAUAACGGUAACUCAAGCUGGCCCAAAGCCAUCUCAGCCGCAAUCUCAGCCAUUGUUAACACAAAAAUCUCAAGUCAUUGGUACCAUACCCAAGACAACAUUAAAUGCCUCGCCACCAAAGAAAUUCGUAAAGAAAGUGAUGAACAACAGCAACACCACCACCACCACGGUGGCAGAACAAAAACCUGCAACAACAGAUCAAGGUACUUCUUCAUCCACAUCUGUCUCAACAUAUAUGCCAUCUCAGCAGCAACAGCAGCAUACAACGAUAACUGGUGUUGAUACGAAUACAAGUGCUCCUGGCCCCGCCAAUAAUAUUGAAUGUUCCCAAUGUGGUCGUGUUUUUAAGAAAAAAGAACAUUUGACUCAACAUCUCAAGUUGCACACGGGCAUACGACCGUUCAAAUGCAGCGAAGAGGGCUGUCCUAAGGCAUUCAAUCGCAAAGAACAUUUGCUGCGCCAUCUGGUAUCGCAUUCGGGCAAGAAAAUGUUUAGCUGUGAUAUUUGCCAGAAACCUUUCUCACGCAAGGAUAACCUGAGUAAACACAAGAGAAUUCAUACAGACGACAAUGCCAGUAAUUUUGUUUGUGAAAUAUGUAACAAGAGUUUUGUUGUCAAAUCGUAUUAUACCCAGCAUAAAAUGUUGCACAAAACAAAUGCCAUACCCGAUGAUGGUGAUGAGGAAGAGGAGGACAAACAUUCUGAGAAUAUUGCAGAACAAAAUACCAACAAUAACAGAGAAUCUCUCAAUCAAAAUGAGCAACAGAAUCAGCAGCAGCACCAACCGCCAGCCUCAACUAAUCCCCAAUUGACGACGACAACAAUAUCUCAGCAACCACAGCAACAAACUCUGCAUUUGGUUCCACAAAUAAUGCAUAUGGUUACAACGCAGGACAUGUCCGGCGGCAGUACAAUAACAAUACAAGCCGCCAAUGAUCCAAAUUCAAGUGCCACACUAAAGGAACACGAUGCUACUGUCCUUAACCUGCCCACCUCUUUGGCGAAUUUUGUGCAAUUGUCACAGGCUCAAUUUGUCAAUGCAUCGACUGGACAAAUAAUGGGACAUUUAAAAAUUGAGAAAUGAGUCGUCCAUGGAACAGUAUAUAAAAUAAAAUGGAAUCUCAAUCAAAUCCAUGUUUGUUUAUAUUUGAGGAGUUUGUUUUUUUUUUUUUUUUGCAACUCAUCUGCAAUUAUGUAUAUUUUUAAAUUAUUUUGUUUAUUUUGUUUUUAAUUAUGUACAAAUAUGUGUUUUUAUAUAUAUAGGUGUGUCUGUCUUUAUCUAUGUGUUUUGUGUAUGCCAGAUUUGAAUUGUUUCAAACAUGUUUGCCACUUAUAAUUUGGAACAUUGUUUAGAAUAUCAAUUGCAAUUUUAAAUUCAGGUCAAUCCGUAAAUGUGAGAAAAACAUAUAUUUAAUAUUUUUAAUUUGUAUAGAGGUUUGGAAUCCAAUAAGGAAAUGAAAAUGGAAUAAGUAUUCAACACUAUUGCUUGAACCAAAAUCUAAUUAGUUCCAAACUUUUUCAAUAUUCUUGUAAAUGUAAAUUUUUAAAACAAAUAGGUACAUACCUUUUUUAUUAAGAAUAUAAUCUAUCCAUAGUGUUGUGUAUCAAUAAUAUGUCAUACAUUAAUUAAAUAUUUGUUCUA